GAACUCAGACUAUGUGAAGGAUGUGAAGAUAUUCGAAAGUUUCACCUGUCAUCUCCGAUGCAAACAGAAAUUCAUGGUAGAAUUCGGGUUUAAUAUUUAAAAGCAUUGAUUCGUCGUGAACUGUACACAUACAGUGAACAUUUUUACAUUAUCAAUUUUUCAUUUCAAUCGAUGUCUGCAGUAAAGCGCGUUCAACAAUGGGCAACAUUCGCUCGUACUUGGCAUAUCUAUGAUUGUGCAUGGCAAAAUCCUUUUGAAUCAGCCAGUUUAAUUCGAAAACAUCUCAUGGGUCUUCACAAACCUAUUUAUCAUCCAAUGAAUGAUUGCGGCGACCAUGUGGUAUUGAUUAACACUGCGGAGAUUGCAUUGCCUGGAGACGAAUGGAAGAAACGAGCAUAUUUUCACCAUACCGGCUACGCAGGUGGUGCGAGCUGGACGUUGGCUUGGGAAUUACAUCAAAAGGAUCCAACUAUUAUAAUGAAAAAAGCAGUAUACCGAUCCAUGCAUGGAAACCUCCAGCGUCGCUACACCAUGCAAAGACUUCAUCUUUUCAAAGAUGAGAACGUUCCAAAAGAAAUACUAGAGAACGUUACAAAUCAAAUACGGCAACCAAGGCGGGUACCUUCGCGGUUAGAUCAUAUGGACGCAGAACUAGUUAAAAAUUUCCCCAACAUUAUGGAUUAUCCCAAAGAUUACGUACUCCGGUAGUGUCAUUUUCAUCAAAUAUAACGCGGUGUUCAAAA